AUGCAUCGUCUUUUUGCUGAGCUGGAGCCAUCUUUAACCGUCACAGAGCAAAACCUGGCAGACCGAGUUCGGUAUAUCUUGCGCUCAAAUAUAUUUGAUGUCGCCGAACUCGAACGGCUACGACGUGAGGCUGUUCCCUCGUCGGAUGAGAAUGCUACGGCUGAGGAUGCGGCGCCACAAAUGGUAGAGCAACCCGCAAACGUGGAUGCCGCCGUGAAUACCCCAGUUGUGGCUGAUUCAAGCGAUGAUGGAACAGUCACCCAGGAACUGGAAUUAGAGCAUAUAAGGAGUACAUUGGAAGAGGCGAUUGUGGAAACGCGCAGUACGCCUCUCGAAAAUCGACCGCGACUUCCCCGCAUAGCCCUAAGCAAGCGGAAUCGGGCUGUCGUGAGGGCUCUGAACCCAAUGCUGGUGACCUAUUUGGAAGCCAGCCGGGACCUUUGCGAGACGGACUCAAUUCUUUUUGGCGCCGCGCUGGCAGUCUGCCGUAUCAUAGGCGCCAAGGUUUCCACGGCUGGACCCGCUACUGGCCAUAGUAGCGCUAUCCCAGCAUGGAGAAGAAGAAUUGAGGAACGUAUCGCAAAGGCUAGAGCUCUCAUCGGCAGACUGAUAUGCUUCAGAUCAGGCAACAACAGGCCAAGAAUUGUGCGCACCGUCAGGAUGGCGUUUGCUGGGACAAAUGUCAGUUUGUCCCAGCCGGAUAUAACGCAAAAACUGACGGAGCGCAUAGAUGAUCUGAAGCAGAGAAUCGCUGCUUGGGGAAAGCGGAUUCGGCGAUAUACCGAGAGGUCGACACGGUUCAACCAGAAUCGUCUCUUCCAGAGUGAUCAGAAGAGGCUCUAUGAAUCAUUGGAGCGACCAAUGGUAAGUGGAACGGGUCCAGCACCGAAUCAGGCCGACACUGUAGCAUUCUGGCGCGGCCUGUGGUCAGAGCCCGUAAACCACAGCGAGGGCCCUUGGACGGAAGUUGUGGCGAGUCAGUGUGCGGGUAUUACGCCCAUGGACCCCGUCAUCAUAACGCCGGAUGACGUAGCUGAGGCGGUCCGUAGGGCCCCGAACUGGAAAAGUCCGGGGCUUGACGGGCUGCAUCACUACUGGCUGAAGGGGUUCAUGGUGUGUCACUCUGUGCUCGCCCGACAGUUUCAAGAGGCUCUCGACCAGAAGUCGCUCCCAAGCCUCUUCACUACUGGGAUCACUCAUUUGGUUCCUAAAGACCAGGUAAUAUCGUCAGAUGCAACAUCGUGUAAAACUAUUACAGAAGUCACUGAUUAA